AGGAGAGAGAAAGAAGAAGAAUGGGAAACGCCAUGGGAGGAGGACGAAGAAGAAAAGGAAGAACAAAAGUGAUGAAAAUUGACGGCGAAACCAUGAAAUUAGCCACUCCAAUCACAGCCUCAGAAGUUCUAAGCCAGCAUCCGGACCACCGGCUGUUCGAAUCCCAAUCCCUCAGAAAUCUGGGCCUCAGAGCCACCCCAUUGGAGCCCCACCACCAACUCCACCCCAAAGCCCUCUAUUUCCUCCUCCAAUUGCCGCCGCUCCCCGCCCACGCGCCGCCGCUCCGCCGCGUCCAAUCCGGCCUCCACGCCUCCGCCACCGACCGCCUCGAGUGGCUGAUGCUCUCUCGCCGCUCCAUUUCCGACCUCCACGUCGCUCGGCCGCCGGAACCAUCCGCCGCCCCGCUGCAGGUCAAGUUCCGGCUGCCGACGGCGGAGAUGGACAGGCUCCUCAACGAAUGCGAGGAUAAGGCGGAGGUGGCCCAGAGGAUCCUCAAUUUGUAUGGCAGAGACACAGACCGAUUUCGCGGCGGCCAAGGUCAGCUGCGGAGCACGGCCCAAGCGAGUACUUGUAAAGCGCGUGAGAAAAGAGUGAGCUUUGUUCAAAUGAAGGACAGUCCUACGCAAUAGCAAUGCAUUGAGCUUUGCUCCUCUCUAUAUGUAUAGAUUUAGCCCAAUUAUGGCGGCUCGAUAAAGGUGAAUUCAAAGGACUCAAAU